CAUCUCGACCCGGUUCAGAAGAAGACCCGGCACCCGGAGAAAUCCCGAGAAUUCGGAGGCCCGUGAGAUGGUCCGCAUGCUCAUCAGAAGCUUCAGCGACAAAGAGCCCCUCGUCAAGACUCUCAACAAGUACGUCAAGAUUGUUAGGACCGAGCACUGCUUUCUUCUCUUUGAAGAGCUCGGCAAGUCGGGCAAGUGGCUUCAGUGCUUGGAGGUGUUCAGAUGGAUGCAAAAACAGCGAUGGUAUGUUGCUGAUAAUGGAGUUUAUUCCAAAUUGAUCUCGGUUAUGGGGAAGAAGGGCCAGACACGCAUGGCCAUGUGGCUCUUCUCUGAGAUGCGUAACAGUGGUUGCCGCCCUGAUACUUCUGUUUAUAAUGCGCUCAUCUCCGCGCACCUUAACAGCAAGGACAAGGGGAAGGCGUUGGAGAAGGGGCUCGUGUACUUUAACAAGAUGAAGGGGAUGGAAAGGUGUCAGCCUAACAUUGUUACUUACAAUAUUCUCUUGAGAGCUUAUGCGCAGGCUCGAAAUGUAGAUAAAGUCAAUUCUUUGUUUAAAGAUCUUGAUGAGAGCAUAGCUUGCCCUGAUAUCUAUACGUACAAUGGUGUAAUGGAUGCGUAUGGGAAGAAUGGGAUGAUCAGAGAUAUGGAAUCUGUGCUUUCUCGCAUGAAAAGUAAUCAGUGCAAGCCCGAUAUCAUCACCUUCAACUUGUUGAUUGAUUCAUACGGGAAGAAGCAGCAAUUUGACAAGAUGGAACAGGUAUUCAAGAGCUUACUUCACUCCAAGGAGCGACCAACUCUCCCUACAUUUAAUUCAAUGAUCAUAAAUUAUGGGAAGGCAAGGCUUAAAGAGCAAGCAGAAUCUGUGUUUAAAAGGAUGAUCGACAUGAAAUACUCACCUAGCUUCAUCACAUAUGAGAGUCUUAUGAUGAUGUAUGGCUACUGUGACUCUGUUUCAAAGGCUAGGGAGAUAUUUGAUGGGGUGGCAGAAUCUGGACAGGAGAUGAAGGUGUCUACUCUUAAUGUGAUGCUUGAUGUAUACUGCAGGAAUGGUUUGCCCAUGGAAGCAGAUAAGCUUUUGCUGAGUGCAAAUAGUAUUGGGAUACGUCCGAAUGUAUGUACCUAUAAACUUCUUUACAAGGCUUAUACCAAAGCUAACAUGAAGGACCUUCUAGACAAAUUGCUAAAGUCCAUGGACAAAGAUGGUAUUGUCCCCAAUAAGAGGUUCUUUCUAGAGGCUUUGGGAGCAUUUUUGUCUUCAACAGGGAAUUCAGAGUCUGGGAGUGCCUCAACAGAUUUGAACAGGCCACAGGAUGAGGUGCUGAAAAUUUAGGAUAAGAUGGGUAAUAACAUAGUUUGUUUGUUUGCUGAACAAAGAAAUGUUAGCAUGCUUAACACCAUUUCUGGCACCAGCAAGAGACUAGUUUGUACAUCACAGAGUUACCUAG